AAAAGGUGGCAUUACGAAUGUAGUGGGAAAGGGAGAAGUAAUGACAUUUCUCAAGUUUUGGUUCCUCAUUCUUCUCGUAAGGAGCAGCGCGGCAAAAUGGCAAAGACCACAAAUAAAACGCAAUUGGAACUAUUGGUGCAAUUAAUGGACUCCCAACCGGGUAUCGCUCGUGGUUUCUUCAAAGGCGGCAAGGAAGAGUUGGCAAAAUUUUGGCGAUCAGCAGAAAUAAAGCUGAACAGUGCAGGUCCACCAAUGAAAACUGUUGCCGAAUGGAAAAAGGUGGCGCAAAAUGUAAGAGCCAGGACUGGCACAGGCGGGGGACCAAACACUGAAAAGACAUUUACGGCGACCGAAGAGGCAAUUUACAAACUUAUAAGUAUGAAGGAGUCCGUGGAGGGUAUAGUCGUGCCCAAGUUUGGGUUGCAAGCGGAACAAGCUGAACUCACGAUCGAUUCAGAUGAAAUGGAUGUACAAGGCAUUAUUUUAAACACUUAG